AAGGAAAAUUUUGCAACUUAUCACAUUCAAAACUUUUAGCCAAAAAGAAGAAAACAUGGCUGCCUUAAAAUCCAACCUUCAUGUCCGCUCAAACAGCUUGCCAUCCAAAUCACACCCUGUUAUCGAAGAGUGCAGUGGCCAUUUGUUGAGAAUAGGAUGUUCUGAUGCAACCUCAUCAUCAUCUUCCAUUGCCCACCAACUCAGUGUUCUUGAGGAUUUGCACAUUUGUGUUGAGAAAUUGCUUCAGCUACCCCUAACACAACAAGCCUUUUCCCAAGGCCACCAAGAGAAAUGGGUUGAUGAAUUAGUGGAUGGAUCUCUUAGGCUCCUGGACUUGUGCAGUGCAGCCAAAGAUGCAGUCUUGCACACAAAGGAAUGUGCACGAGAUAUUCAAUCAACAAUGCGUAGAAAAGUUAGUCUUGAGAAUGAGAUUAAGAAAUACUCAGCCUCAAGGAAAGUAGUAAAAAAGGCAAUCCAAAAGGCCUUGAAAAGUUUGAAAGGUGUUGAAUCAAAAUACUUAGCCUCUACUUCCACCAAAGAUAGUGAAACUGCUGCUUUGGUUAGUGUUUUGAGAGAGGUGGAGGCUGUCAGUCUUGCAGCAUUUGAGUCUUUGUUGUCCUUUAUUUCUGGACCGAAGACACAGUCUAAGCUUGGUGGCUGGUCUCUAGUUUCCAAGCUCGUGCAAAGCAAAAGAGUUGGCUGCGACGAAGAUGUUGUAAAUGAAUUCGCAAGGGUGGACGCUGUCCUUUUAACUCAGGAGACAAACAAAGCUGACCAAGCUAUGCUAGAGCUGAAAAAUCUCGAGAUGUGCGUUCAAGACUUUGAACAAAUGCUAGAAUCCUUGUUCAGACGUUUAAUCAAAACCAGAGUUUCCUUUCUCAACAUCCUCAACAACUAAUCUUAGAAGAUCAUAUGUAUAUUUGUCCACCAUGGACAUCCAAAAUUUUGAUAGCAUAGAUGAAAUAUGUUCGCAUACACUUGUAAAUAUUGACAGUAAUUUCAAAAGAUUCAUUUUGUCCAUUUG